UGAAGCUCUACCUGUAGACCUUUCUCACCUCCCACCAUGGAGUGGAAAACAUCUGCAGUCUGCAUACUACUUCUGGCGCUUACCGGCAUUCAAGUGCAUUCAAAGAACGUCUAUCCCAGUAACCAUGUCAACAGCAUCUGCAGCAUGUGGGGAAACUUCCACUUCAAGACGUUCGAUGGGGACGUUUAUCAGUUCCCAGGCAUGUGCGAGUAUAACCUGGUGUCUGACUGCCAAAGCCUCAUUCGCCAGUUCUCGGUUCAUGUGAAGAGAACAGAACACACCAAUGACCCGAAGAUCGGCAGGGUUUCAGUUAGUAUCAAUGACAUUGUCGUUGAGUUGACUGAGAAACAGGUCAUGAUCAAUGAAGAAAAAGUAACACUGCCCGUGCAUAUCUCAGGGAUCCUUGUGGAAGAAAACACCAUUUACACCAGGCUCUAUUCCAAAAUGGGCAUCACUGUCACAUGGAACAAAGAGGAUGCAGUUAUGGUGGAACUUGACUCCAAAUAUUCCAAUCGUACUUGUGGACUGUGUGGCGAUUUUAAUGGAGUUCCAGUAUAUAAUGAGUUUAUUGAAUCCGGACGGAGGGUUGGAUAUACUGAGUUUGGAAAUAAGCACAGAGUUCCCAACCCAACUCAUAACUGCGAAGAUCCUUUUGAAAACAUCGAUGAGCAAAAUGUGGUGGACCAAUGUGAAAAAUAUCGGGCAGAUUGUGCAGACCUUUUGGAGGAUGAAAAGUGGUCUUCUUGUAGCUGGGUUUUGAACCCUGAGCCAUAUAUCAAGGCCUGUACAAAUGAUAUCUGUUCACGUCAACCUGAAGACGAAGACAGAGACACCACCGCACUCUGUGCGACUUUGUCUGAAUAUUCACGUCAGUGUUCGCAUGCAGGAGGAUCUCCGGCGACCUGGAGAACAGCAAAGUUCUGUGCUGUGACGUGCCCCUACAAUAUGGUACAUUCUGAAAGUGGCUCCCCCUGUAUGGACACAUGCUCACACAAAGACACAAACACACUGUGUGAGAAACACAAUAUCGAUGGCUGCUUCUGCCCAUCAGGAACUGUGUUUGAUGACAUUUCAAACACGGGCUGCAUCCCAGCAGAAAAGUGUCAGUGCAAGCAUGACCGCGUCUACAGCACAGGAGAGGUUCUUCGCAAAGACGAGGAAGAAUGUAUAUGUGAGGAGGGAAACUGGAUCUGUAUGAGUAUGCCUGGCCCUGGCCUGUGCGCAGUAGAGGAAGGAUCUCACUUCACCACCUACGACGGGAAAGAAUUCACUUUCCAUGGAGACUGCAACUAUGUGCUCUCAAAAGAUUGUGAGGGGUCCAAGUUCAUCAUAUUGGCUCUGAUUGUUCCUUGUUUUACUCAUGAAACGGACACCUGUUUGAAAUCUAUUGUGGUGCUGUUUGACAACGACAAGAAAAAUCCUCUGAUUAUUAAAGCUGAUGGGACGGUACAACACAAUGCAGAAGUUUCACUUCCUUACAUGACAGCUGACUUCACUGUGUUCAGGCCAUCAUCAUUUCACAUCAUACUUCAGACCACCUUUGGGCUGCAAGUGCAGAUACAGCUGGUGCCUCUUAUGCAGGUGUACAUCACUGUGGAACAAAUCUUCAAGGGCAAGACUUGUGGUCUCUGUGGAAAUUUUAACAAAGUGCUGUCUGAUGACCUGAAGACCCCUCAGGGAGUGGUGGAGGGUACAGCAGUUUCCUUCGCAAAUGCCUGGAAGGCCCAGUCCAACUGCCCUGACCGUUUUGAGAGGAUGGACGACCCCUGUUCCUACAGCAGUGACAGUGAGCACUUUGCUGAACACUGGUGUUCCAAGAUGAAGGACAAGGAGAGCCUCUUUGCCAAAUGUCACACCACUGUCAAUCCAGACAGCUACUACAAAAGAUGCAAAUACUCCAGCUGUACCUGUGAGAAGAGUGAGGAAUGUCUAUGUACGGUGUUCUCCUCAUACGCUCGGGCCUGUGCAGCUAAAGGAAUAUUCCUCCAAGGCUGGCGAGGAAUUGUGUGUGAGAAGUAUACAGAGAACUGCCCGGCAUCGCAGAACUACUCGUACCAGCUGCAAAGCUGCCAGCGUACCUGUAUUUCUCUCGCCUCUGAGCGCCAAAGCUGCAGCGUUGACUUUGUGCCUGUCGAUGGAUGCGCAUGUCCAGAUGGACUCUACCAGGAUGAGAAUGGACUGUGUGUACCUAUGGAAAAAUGUCCAUGUUACCACAACGGACAGAAAAUCCAUCCCGGCAAGUCUGUCACCAUUAGGGAUGAACACUGUGUUUGCAUCAAUGGAAAGUUCCACUGUCGUUCCUGGAAAACCCAAAUUCUUGGAUGUUCCUCUCCAAAGAUUUUCUUCAACUGCAGUACAGCAGGCCAAGAUGAACAUGGAUUGGAGUGUGCACAGACUUGUUCGCAACAGGAAGUUGACUGUUUCUCGCUGGACUGUCAAUCUGGCUGCCAGUGUCCUUUAGGUCUAUUGGAUGAUGGCAGAGGACACUGUGUUAAACCGGAUAACUGCCCAUGUAAACAUGAUGGACAGUUUUAUGCACCAGGAUCUGAGAUAACCGUAGAUUGCAAUAAAUGCACUUGUCGACGGGGAAAAUGGAAAUGUACACAUAAUAAGUGUCCAGGCAUAUGCACCAUAUACGGCAGCGGACACUAUAAAACUUUCGAUGAGCAAAGAUUUGGCUUCAGGGGAGACUGCAGUUAUAUUGCUGCUCAGAAUAAGUGUGGAAAUAAAACUGGCAAUUUUCACGUGAUUACCGAAAACAUGCCUUGUGGAACAACAGGAACCACUUGUUCAAAGGCUGUAGGGAUACUUUUGGGGAGGACUUGGCUACUGCUUUCUGAUGGGACUGUAACAGCCACUGAUACUGGAAAUGGUCCAAAGAUCAAGUACAAUGAGAGAAACGUUGGGAUGUACCUUGUCAUUGAUGCUGACAUCGGACUGACAAUUUUGUGGGACCGCAAAACCACCGUCCGCAUCAUUCUGCAACCUCAGCACAGGGGAGACGUUUGUGGCUUGUGUGGAAAUUUCAAUGGGAAUGGAAAAGAUGACUUUACCACUCAGGGAAAUUUGCCAACUACAAAUGUAAUGGAGUUUGUGGACAGCUGGAAAGUGUUAAGCACCUGCCCUGAUGCAAAACCAGACUUUAACCCGUGCCUUGAGACCCCCAAUCGAGAGACAUGGGCAAAAAUACAAUGUAGCAUCAUAAAGGAAGUUACGUUCAAAGACUGCCAUAACAAGGUGGAUCCAAACCCAUAUUAUGAGAACUGUGUGAAGGACUCGUGCGCGUGUGAUGCAGGUGGAGAUUGCGAGUGCUUCUGUACAGCUGUGGCAGCUUACGCUCAAGCCUGCAAUGAGGCAGGUGUUUGUGUCGUUUGGAGAACACCUGAGAUCUGCCCUGUGUUCUGUGACUACUACAAUGACCCAGGAGAAUGCACAUGGCACUACAGUCCUUGUCAUACACCUUGCUACAAAACCUGUCUCAACCCUGAUGGUAUUUGCAAUAACACUUUACCCAACCUGGAAGGAUGUUAUCCAGAAUGUCCAGAGGAUAAGCCUAUUUAUGAUGAAAAAAAUCAGAUCUGUGUGGAGGAAUGUAUGAUUACAACAACACCAGAACCUACCACAACAACACCAGAACCUACCACAACAACACCAGAACCUACCACAACAUCUACCCCUACAUCGACAACUACCACAAAGCCUCCUACAAUAACACCAGAACCUACCACAUCAUCUACCCCUACGCCGACUACCACAAAGUCUACUACAACACCAGAACCUCCCACAACAACACCAGAGCCUACCAUAUCAUCUACCCCUACACCAACAACUACCACAAAGCCUCCUACAACAACAUCAGAACCUCCCACAUCAACACCAGAACCUACCACAUCAUCUACCCCUUUGCCAACUACCACAAAGUCUCCUACGACAACACCAGGACCUCCCACAUCAACACCAGAACCUACCACAUCAUCUACCCCCACACCAACAACUACCACAAAGCCUCCUACGACAACACCAGAACCUACCACAUCAUCUACCCCUACAACUACCACAAAGCCUCCUACUACAACACCAGAACCUCCCACAACAACACCAGAACCUACCACAUCAUCUACCCCUACAACUACCACAAAGCCUCCUACUACAACACCAGAACCUCCCACAACAACACCAGUAUCUACCACAUCAUCUACCCCUACAACUACCACAAAGCCUCCUACUACAACAUCAGAACCUACCACAACAACACCAGAACCUACCACAUCAUCUACCCCUACAACUACCACAAAGCCUCCUACUACAACACCAGAACCUCCCACAACAACACCAGAACCUACCACAUCAUCUACCCCUACAACUACCACAAAGCCUCCUACUACAACACCAGAACUUCCCACAACAACACCAGAACCUACCACAUCAUCUACCCCUACAACUACCACAAAGCCUCCUACUACAACACCAGAACCUACCACAUCAACACAAGAACCUACCACGUCAUCUACCCCUACACCAACAACUACCACAUUUUCAUCGACAACAGCUGAGACUACGACACCAUGUCUUAUAUGUGAGUGGUCUGAAUGGUUUAAUGUAUAUAAUCCUACAUUAGAAGGAGGGGAUGACUUGGAGACUUAUGAAAAUAUUGCAGGAAGUGGAAAAGAUAUCUGUGAACAGCCACAAGAUAUUGAAUGUAGGGCUGUGGGCCAACCUAACAUGACCUUUGAAGAUUAUAUUCAUGAUUCAAAACAAGUUGCCCAGUGCAAUGUUUCAUAUGGAUUAAUUUGUAAGAAAGAACAACAGGAUUCCCGCCCCUAUAAAUGUGUUGACUAUAAAAUACGGGUUUACUGCUGUUUCAUUUGUACAACACCACCACCAUCAACAACAACAGUAUUUACCACAUCAUCUACCCCAACAACGACAACUACCACAAAGUCUCCUACAACAACACCAGGACCUACUACAUCAUCUACCCAUACACCGACAACAACACAGUCUGCAACAACUGAAACGAUAAGUAUAAUUACUGGAGAAACAAGAAAAACUCCUAUUACUAUUACAGGAGUACCUGUAAUUUCAGUAUCUACCACAUCAUCUAACCCUACACGGACUACCACAAAGUCUACUACAACAACACCAGAACCUCCCACAUCAACACCAGAACCUACCACAUCAUCUACCCCUACUCCAACAACUACCACAAAGUCUCCUACGACAACACCAGGACCUACCACAUCAUCUACCCCUACACCGACUACCACAAAGUCUACAACAACACCAGAACCUCCCACAACAACACCAGAGCCUACCACAUCAUCUACCGCUUCACUGACAACUACCAACAAGCCUCCUACAACAACACCAGAACCUCCCACAUCAACACCAGAACCUACAACAUCAUCUACCCCUACACCAACUACCACAAAGUCUACUACAACACCAGAACCUCCCACAACAACACCAGAGAGUACCACAUCAUCUACCGCUUCACCGACAACUACCACAAAGCCUCCUACAACAACACCAGAACCUCCCACAUCAACACCAGAACCUACCACAUCAUCUACCCCUACACCAACUACCACAAAGUCUACUACAACACCAGAACCUCCCACAACAACACCAGAGCAUACCACAUCAUCUACCGCUUCACAGACAACUACCACAAAGCCUCCUACAACAACACCAGAACCUCCCACAUCAACACUAGAACCUACCACAUCAUCUACCCCUACUCCAACAACUACCACAAAGUCUCCUACGACAACACCAGGACCUACCACAUCAUCUACCCCUACACAGACUACCACAAAGUCUACAACAACACCAGAAACUCCCACAACAACACCAGAGCCUACCACAUCAUCUACCGCUUCACUGACAACUACCACAAAGCCUCCUACAACAACACCAGAACCUCCCACAUCAACACCAGAACCUACCACAUCAUCUACCCCUACACCAACUACCACAAAGUCUACUACAACACCAGAACCUCCCACAACAACACCAGAGCGUACCACAUCAUCUACCGCUUCACCGACAACUACCACAAAGCCUCCUACAACAACACCAGAACCUCCCACAUCAACACCAGAACCUACCACAUCAUCUACCCCUACUCCAACAACUACCACAAAGUCUCCCACGACAACACCAGGACCUACCACAUCAUCUACCCCUACACCGACUACCACAAAGCCUCCUACAACAACACACGGACCUACCACAUCAUCUACACCUACACCGACUACCACGAAGUCUACUACAACACCAGAACCUCCCACAACAACACCAGAGCCUACCACAUCAUCUACCCCUACGCCGACAACUACCACAAAGCCUCCUACAACAACACCAGGAGCUACCACAUCAUCAACCGCUUCACCGACAUCUACCACAAAGCCUCCUACAACAACACCAGAACCUCCCACAUCAACAACAGAGCCUACCACAUCAUCUACCCCGACACCGACAACUACCACAAAGUCUCCUACAACAACACCAGGACCUACUACAUCAUCUACCCAUACACCGACAACAACACAGUCUGCAACAACUGAAACGAUAAGUAUAACUACUGGAGAAACAAGAAAAACUCCUAUUACUAUUACAGGAGUACCUGUAAUUUCAGUAUCUACCACAUCAUCUAACCCUACAUGGACUACCACAAAGUCUACUACAACAACACCAGAACCUCCCACAUCAACACCAGAACCUACCACAUCAUCUACCCCUACUCCAACAACUACCACAAAGUCUCCUACGACAACACCAGGACCUACCACAUCAUCUACCCCUACACCGACUACCACAAAGUCUACAACAACACCAGAACCUCCCACAACAACACCAGAGCCUACCACAUCAUCUACCGCUUCACUGACAACUACCAACAAGCCUCCUACAACAACACCAGAACCUCCCACAUCAACACCAGAACCUACAACAUCAUCUACCCCUACACCAACUACCACAAAGUCUACUACAACACCAGAACCUCCCACAACAACACCAGAGCGUACCACAUCAUCUACCGCUUCACCGACAACUACCACAAAGCCUCCUACAACAACACCAGAACCUCCCACAUCAACACCAGAACCUACCACAUCAUCUACCCCUACUCCAACAACUACCACAAAGUCUCCCACGACAACACCAGGACCUACCACAUCAUCUACCCCUACACCGACUACCACAAAGUCUACAACAACACCAGAACCUCCCACAUCAACACCAGAGCCUACCACAUCAUCUACCGCUUCACCGACAACUACCACAAAGCCUCCUACAACAACACCAGAACCUCCCACAUCAACACCAGAACCUACCACAUCAUCUACCCCUACACCAACUACCACAAAGUCUACUACAACACCAGAACCUCCCACAACAACACCAGAGCCUACCACAUCAUCUACCGCUUCACCGACAACUACCACAAAGCCUCCUACAACAACACCAGAACCUCCCACAUCAACACCAGAACCUACCAUAUCAUCUACCCCUACACCAACUACCACAAAGUCUACUACAACACCAGAACCUCCCACAACAACACCAGAGCAUACCACAUCAUCUACCGCUUCACCGACAACUACCACAAAGCCUCCUACAACAACACGAGAACCUCCCACAUCAACACCAGAACCUACCACAUCAUCUACCCCUACUCCAACAACUACCACAAAGUCUCCUACGACAACACCAGGACCUACCACAUCAUCUACCCCUACACCGACUACCACAAAGUCUACAACAACACCAGAACCUCCCACAACAACACCAGAGCCUACCACAUCAUCUACCGCUUCACUGACAACUACCACAAAGCCUCCUACAACAACACCAGAACCUCCCACAUCAACACCAGAACCUACCAUAUCAUCUACCCCUACAGCAACUACCACAAAGUCUACUACAACACCAGAACCUCCCACAACAACACCAGAGCGUACCACAUCAUCUACCCCUACACCAACAACUACCACAAAGUCUACUACAACAACACCAGAACCUCCCAUAUCAACACCAGGAUCUACCACAUCAUCUACCCCUACACCAACAACUACCACAAAGUCUCCUACAACUACACCAGGACCUACCACAUCAUCUACCCCUACACCAACUACCACAAAGUCUACUACAACACCAGAACCUCCUACAACAACACCAGGACCUACCACAUCAUCUACCCCUAAACCGACAACUACCACAAAGCCUCCUACAACAACAACGGGACCUACCACAUCAUCUAACCCAACAACUACCAUAAAACCUACAACAUCAUUUACAUCUACACCAACUCCAACUCCGCACUAUGACUGCCCUGAAUGGGACAAAAACACAAACGAGACCUUCAUCCUGUGUAACUGCACCAUGGCGAGGUGCAUAGAAGACAACAUUAUUGAAAUUAUCCCAUUUGAAUGCCCUCCAUUGCAGAACAUCACCUGUGAAAAUGGCAAAAAACCUGUGCUUGUGUAUGAUGAGCAUUACUGUUGCCAGUAUUACCAAUGUGACUGCUUUUGUGAAGGCUGGGGUGACCCACAUUACAUCACAUUUGAUGGACUUUUCUACAGUUAUCAAGGAAACUGCACUUAUAUAUUAAUGGAGGAAAUAAGGCCUCAAUACCAUUUAAAGAUCUACAUUGACAAUGUCUACUGUGACCCUAUUGAGCAUGUAUCCUGUCCCAGAUCCAUUAUUGUGUCUUACAACAAACAAGUCAUAACACUAACAAAUCAUAAUUUCAUCGGAGGUGCAGACCUAGAGGCUGUUAAGGACAAUGUUAAGUUAAGUCUGCCAUAUGCUUUUAAUGGUGUGAGGGUUAUAAGCUCAGGCCUAGACUUGUUCCUGAGUAUUCCACAGCUUGGUGUUGAUAUAACAUUUGGAGCCACUGGCUUUGGCAUCAACCUGCCAUUCCAGCAUUUUGGAAACAACACACAAGGUCACUGUGGAACAUGCAACAACAACAGAGCUGAUGACUGCAUGAUCCCUGGAGGGAUCUUGGUGAACGACUGUGCGGUGAUGGCGGAUUACUGGCCAGCCAGUGGUGUGAAUGGUGAAAUUUGCACUCCACCAACUGCAUUGCCUACAGUUGGGGGUGAUCUUAAACCUACACCUAAGCCAUGCGAGGCCCAUCCUGAAUGCAACCUCCUCAGUAGCGAGUUGUUCGAAGCAUGCCAUUCCCAUGUGUCCCCUGACAACUUCUUUUUAGGUUGUCAAUAUGAUAGUUGUCAUAUGAGCAACCCUGCCGUGGUGUGUACCAGUCUGCAGAGCUACGCAAGGGCUUGCUCUCAAUUAGGGGUCUGCAUACACUGGAGGAACUACACUAACCUUUGCAAUAUCGAAUGUCCAGCAGAUAAAGUCUUCAAUCCUUGUGGUCCAGCUGAACCACCAAGCUGUGAUGAUAUACCUGAACGGAGCACCAUUACAGUGCAUACAGAGGGCUGCUUCUGUCCUGAGGGAACAUUGCUCUUCAACAAGGAGUCAGGAGUCUGUGUGAACAAAUGCGGAUGCCUGGAUGCCUCUGGGACACCACGUGAGUUUGAUGAGGUUUUCGAGUACAACUGCGAAGAGUGUAUUUGUGAAAAGGACAGCAAAUCGGUGUCCUGUAAGCCCAAGAAGUGUCCUGAUGUGAAUCCUGAGAGCUGCACUGAGCCCGGCUUUGUGCUAGUCAAUGUCACCGAUCCCUCAGAUCAAUGCUGCAGCAAACAAGUUUGCAAUUGUGAUGUCAGCAUUUGCCCACCUUUGGAUAAAAAGUGUGGAGUCGGAUAUGCGCCGGUCCUGGAAGUGCCUAACGGAAAAUGCUGUCCAGAAAUCAAAUGCGAGCCAAAGAAAGUUUGUGUCCAUAAAAACACAGAGUAUGAGCCUGGUACCGACAUCCCCGUCGUUGCCUGUCAGGAAUGUAGCUGUACAUGGGAUGUGGAUCCUAAAACACAGUGGUUCAAGAUCAAAUGUGGAUUUGUGCAGUGCAAUGAGAAAUGUAAACCUGGUUAUGAAUAUAUUGAGACAAGCUUUGACGACUGCUGUGGAAAGUGUGUGCAAACUCACUGCAUCGUCAACGUCAAUGGCGUCGAGCAUAUACUGCAGGACGGAGCCAGUUUGCCCUCUACAAACCAGGGCUGUGACAGAAUCACGUGCACUAAAGUUAAUGGACAGUUCAUCACUGACAAAUACACAGUCCAGUGCCCUCCUUUCAACGUUUCAAACUGCCAGCCUGGUACCGUUCAGCUGUCAGCUGAUGGCUGCUGCCAUGUUUGUGUGGACCAAGUUAAGGGAUGUAAAGUAAAGACUGUUAGCGAUUACAUAAAUCACAUGGACUGCCAGUCAGAGAAGAAAAUGGACCUUACAUUUUGUAGUGGAGACUGUAACAGUUUUAGCAGGUACACUGCACCUGGAUUGUCUUCCUGUAGCUGUUGCCAGGCCACGCGCUCAAGUAAUCGCACAGUGAAUCUUGGUUGCGUAAAUGGAGACAUAGUAGCCCACUCGUACAUCCAUGUUGAAGAGUGCUCCUGUAGCAGAACUAACUGUCACGUAAAUGACGCACUCAUUGAAAACAGCCAAAGAAAACGCAGCUUGGGACUUCCGUGAGCAGCAGCGGUGAAUCAUCAAACCCAUGCAAAAACUAAAUGUCUCUCAAGUAUCUUAGUGAAAAUUUGUAAUCAGAAUUUAACUUAAAUGGCACAUUCUUUAACAUUUCUUGCAUUUUAUCUAUAGGUCUCUUCUUUUUUUCUUUGCUUGAUAAAGGUGUACUCUUUUGCUUGUUUGAAAUGAAAAUAAAUAAAAAAGCAUGUUAAACCUAAA